AAGGAUUAUUUGUUUUCAUACUCUUCCAAUAUUGUAGAGGAUUGUUUGUUCUUGCAAGUAAAGGCAAUUCUAAGUAUUGUCGUAAUGUUUUAAUACUCUCAGUUGAAAAUUUGGUUUCUUCGGCUCAAAAUGGUCCCACUUCGAUUUUAUAAAAGAAAAUCGAUUGCAAAUGAUGAUCGUGAUAAUCGAUUAAUCGAUUAUUGAUAAUCAAUUCCGCACACCACUACUAGCUUGUUUAAAUAGGUAGGGUAUUAGUUUUCAUGUACGGUAAUACUUGUCGUAAAUCAGUUGGUUAGCUUGUAUAUUUAUUGUUUUCUUUUGAUUCUACAAUGUGGAUUAAUAAAUAAAUAAAAAAUCAUUCUCGCGGAAAUAAAAUCAAGUUUUCAACCCUAGUGUUUAAACUAUCACAAUAUCAAUACUGUUUUGAAGAUGGAGACCUCUAACAACACAGACGCCGUCAACCUUGGUGUUGGUGAAGUGGAAGCAGAAAUCGGAGAGGAACUCAAACAGUUAGAGGAAGGUAAAGAUUAUGAUACACGCAGUGAAGUAUCUAGUUCUUCAUCAAGUGGAUCAAGUUCACCAAGCAUAAGUUCUGCCAGCACUAAAUCCAAGGAAAGUCGUGUGAUCCGCAAACGUUCCAAGUCCAAAAGUCGUUCGCCUGUAGGAAGAAAGCGCAAGUGUGUCCGUAGCACAACAAAUGUGAAAACCUACGAUUAUAUGACAAAAUUGAACUACUUGUUUCGAGACACACGAUUUUUCCUGAUAAAAUCGAAUAAUGCUGAAAACAUAACACUUUCAAAAGCAAGAGGAGUGUGGUCCACUUUACCACAAAAUGAAGCCAAUUUGAAUCAAGCAUACAGAGAGUCUCGCAAUGUAUUGCUAAUAUUUUCGGUCAAAGAGAGUGGGAAAUUUGCUGGUUUUGCUCGGUUAGGAAGUGAAUCACGACGAGAUGUACCACCAAUAUCAUGGGUGCUACCCCCAGGCCUUUCAGCCAAAGUACUUGAUGGAGUUUUCAAAGUUGACUGGAUUUGUCGAAAAGAAUUGUCAUUUAAUAGUACCUUGCAUCUUUACAACCCAUGGAAUGAAGGUAAGCCCGUCAAAAUUGGAAGAGAUGGGCAAGAAAUAGAACCAAAAGUUGCAGAAGAGCUAUGUAGGCUGUUUUCAGAAGAUGAAGGUAUUGAAAUGACUCCUAUUUUACGGAAGUCUAAAGAGGCAUCAAAAAAAUCAUAUGUUAAAAGUGGAGGUAACUAUCGAACAUAUCGUGCCCCAUUGGCUUUUAGAGGCUCAUCAUUUCGACAUAGAUUAGGUCCAAGAAAUAGGAGAAAGAUAUACCAACCACCCAGAAAUCGAGUUACAGGCCCUUAUAAAAGAAGGUCACCUUCUCCAUAUUUACGGGAUCGCUUUCCAAUGUGGUUUGGACGUAAUCGUGAAAGCUACAAUAAUACAAGUUCAGCAGCUGCAGAAGCCUAUGUAGCAGAGUAUAUGCGAUCCAUGCAUCAUCAAUUGCCUCCGUUACCAUAUGUUGCUCCUCCAGGUUUCAGUGGAGCUCUGACACCAUAUGACGGUAUACCACCACCACCUCCACCCCCACCUCCACCUCGCUACUAUGACCUUGCUGAAUAUCCUCGUUCUGUUCUUCUUUAUGAUAAAAGAUCUUAUGAACGGUCAGUAGAUGAAUUUUUAUGGCGAACUGCUGAUCGAUCUCGGGGGCGAAGUCGUGAACGUGAUUCAAGCAGGUCUUAUCGUGAUCGACGCUAAGUUUUUUAACGUCCAUGUAUUGAUCUAUUUUAUUAUUACUAAAUAAAAAGUUGUGCUAGAACUGUGAACUUUUUUCAUGAAUAAGUGUUGUGAACUUUUAUACACGGACAACCAUUUGCUUUGAACAUUUUUUUUAAAUGGGUUCGAAGUGAGAAUAUUGAAGUGAUUUUGAAAUUAUUAUUUUGAUGGGUCUUUGAAUGUGCUGUGUUUAUUUAACUGGCCAAAAGACAAUUUACUUAAAGGGACAUGUGUGAUUUUUUUCAGGUCAUACAUGAUGAUGUAGGUUAACUUAUCAUCAUAUUAGAAUUUUAAUAGCAACUGAAGAGUUGCAAAAAGUAUCUGUGAUAUCUGUAUUAAAAAUAAUUUUAGAUACAAUUUACUCAAUGAAAACCAAAGAAAUAAAUCGUUUUUGAACUUUAAUUAAA